AUUUAAUUAAUUGUCGCCGGCUACUGGCUACUCCAUUCCGUUGGUCGUAUAAAGAAAUCCGAUUAUGCUUCGUUCAUAUGUAUUGUUAUUGUUAGUUCUUGUUGUCAGUGUAAUGGAGACUUAGUCAUCUUCAUUACAUUAACAUAUCUGCUUAACUCUGAACACGUUUCAAAUUCUUCUGGAAACACUUUUCACGAAGGACUAUUAAGUGGAUGGUAUAAAGAAUCUUUUUAUUACUUUUCUGUAAUCGUUCAUUGAACAUGGCAGUGACAAGACUUGAAUUAAUUUAUAUUUUUGUUUUCUACUUUAAUUGAAUAAAAUGUAUUUAUAUGUGAUACAUUGUUUUCACGCAUGAACGAUUCAACCCGAAAUUCCUAUUGUCUAUUAACAAUCAGUUCCUUCGAUGAAAUUUAUCGCGGUCAUUGGGUUUGGUUUGCGGUGAAGUUGUUUCCUAAAGGAUCACCCUGUGUUUAUGACGUUCUAUUGUUCCUGCUCGCAAAGCGUGUCAGUCAGUUUGAAAGAAUCGGUACGAAAAAUCUGACAAAUAAUAUCUAAUCCCCGAUUGUAGUUCCCUCUAAGGAACCGAAAUCCUGUUUACUUCAGAAAUUGUUGUAGGAGAAAGAAACAUUUAGACUUUCAAAGGGUAGGGACAAAUACUUCCUGGUGAAUCAUAAUUUUCCCAAGUUUUAUUUUUAGGCUACUUUGCAAGCUUUUCUAUUGUUCUGUUCGAAAUAGGAAAAAAUGGACAAAAUGGUGAAGGCAUCGGAUAUUGAGAUGUAUUCGAUGACGUAUCCUGAAUCGUUGACACACGAUAUACACACACAGGUGUGUGUUGUAAGAUAAGAUUACGUUAGCGAAGCGAUCAUAAGCUACACGAAAACGCAACAGCCCUAUCAGAAGUGAAUUUGCUAGGCGUUCCAUUUUGUUGGACUCGGUAUCCGGUUUAACGAAAGCUCGCUAAAAAUCGAAACACAAUGACCGAUGACACCGUUGUUCGUUUGAUCGUUUCGCUUGUUUCGACCAUCUUCGUGGGGGUCGUAGUUUCAACCCAUUCCCAGCAGCAAUGUUCUCAGUUUUGCGUGUGUGACAAUUGGUACGGGUUGCAGCGUGCUUCUUGCACGGGUCGCCAUCUUAACAGCAUAGAUACAAGUGCACCGGACAGUGUGCAAGCUAUGGACUUGGCGGAUAACGUGAUAUCAUUGUUAAGCAAUUAUGAAUUGAUGAACGCAGGACGUACAAAAUUGAAAUACCUUAAUCUUUCCGGUAAUUCAAUUAGCGAGAUCGAUUUGGAUGCUUUCGAUGGCCUGAACGAUCUAACGGUUUUAGAUCUAUCGAUGAACCAUCUUUAUUAUAUUUUAUCCGAUGUUUUCGUGAAGAACAAUAACUUACAGGUGCUAAGAUUAUCGAAAAACAAUUUCAAUUCUCAAGUACCAAAGUUGCAAUCCUCUUCGUUAAUGGAUCUCAGUUUGGACUCGUGUCAGAUUAGUCAUUUACCUCUGGACACGUUCAAUGGACUCAAGCACGUUCAUCGUCUUGAUCUGUCAAAUAAUUUGAUGAUUCAGAUGAGUAGCACGGUCGUGCAGACAUUGCAUCUUCUGAAGAAGUUAUCAUUAGAAGGAAAUCCGUGGUCUUGCAAUAAGCUUAUGCUUGAUUUACAAGAACAUCUGAGGCACAGAAACGUGAAAUUCCAAGAGGUUUGUGGCCAUAAAACAGGUCCAAAGAAAUUUGAAAAGAUGAUUCUUUCAACCGUGAGGAAGCACAAUAAUUCUCGCUUAUCUAUUAAUCGGACUAUUCAAAAAACUAAUUCGGCAACUGAAUACAAUGUUUCGAAUGUAUCGAUCAGGAAAACGUGUGAAAAUACCGUAAACCGAACUAACAGUACCGAUUCUGGUGGACAUGUGUCUUAUUGGCUUUUUUUCAUCGGCUUUAUAGUUGGCCUCUCAAGUGGAAUGUUUAUUUCUUACUUUUGGUUGUCAGGAAUGAUUUCGUGUUGGAGAUACACCCGUCAUACACCAAGCUUAACAUUGUUGUUUGAUACGUACUUACAGAAUCGUACAGGUAACGAUGGCAGUUUGAUAGAAUCCUGUCCGGGUACUCCACCACCACCCUACCGGGAAGUGAUGUUGCGGCCGAACAUUUAUCGUUGUCCGUCAACAGCUUCCAAUUUAAAUAACAAUGGUACCGGAUAUAGAUAGAGGUAACUUAUUGUUGUUGCAGCGUAUCUGGGACAAAGUACACACACGCAUCGUUGUAUAAUUUAUUCAGCUUUAAAAUUGCAACUUUUUCUUUUUAUCGUUCUCUUUACCUUUACUCUAUAUGUACAUACUUUUCAUGCGACCCCGUUUAAUAUAAAUUAUUAUUUACGGGUACAAUUGUUGUCGUGUGUCUCGAGUUAACGAGAUACGGGUCAUCGACCAACAAUCGAUAAGCAACAAAAAUAAAUUUAGUUAAUUAAUCGACGAUAAAAGCAAUCGUUAGCAAAACACAUUCGUUAAUGUGGGCAUGCGAUGCUCGAAUUCGGCUAUGGGCAGCCAUUAGAGGCUGAAUGUGUAUAUAAGUAUAUGUAUGUUAGAUACAUAUUUGUGACACCUUGCCUUCCGUGCCUCCUCGCGUUCCUGACGACGGCUGAGCCGAGUAGAAACAAGAAUAAAGCAUUGAUACAGUUAA